UAUGAUAGGAACUUAAAUUGAUAAACAAAAGUUUAAUGUACAGUAGACCUACUAAUAGUUACACAGUGCACUUCUAUAUAGAAUUCAUAUCGUUCCGUCUGACAAACCCUCCUACGCCGGGGGUGAUUCAUAAUAAGACUGGAAUGCAACUUUCUCCCCCCCACUAAACCAUCUCUGUGAUUUAUCGAUAGAGUCCUUGGAGAUAUAACUACGCUCGCGAGAUCAGAAUAUCACUGUGAGAGGUCUGACCCCUCACGUGAACAAAGUGACGUGUGUUUCUUUCUACCCCCGCGGAUGUGUGUAGCCAGUCGGCGUCGUUCACUUGAUGUGACAAGAGUCCGAUGUGAAAGCGAUCGGUGGUGAACUAUAUUUAGUUAGUGUAAGUGUGUAGCCGUGAGCCGGCGGUGUGUGUAAUAUGCACCAUGUCUGUGUGAAAUGAGAUUCGCAAUUUUUAUCCUAUGUCAACAUUGUGUACCUUUGGGAGUUUACCUAGGAUUAAACAAACGGGACCUGUGAAAAAAAUCAAUUCAAGGAGAUAGUGAAAUUUAAAAAUAUGGUCGGACGUGAAAUGAAAAUUCUACUUUUUCUUUCUUUGUGUGUGCUUGUUCAUAUGCAGGAGUAUGAAUGUCCCACGAAAUGUGUGUGUUUUCGGACGACAGUGCGAUGUAUGUUUCUUCAGCUGGACACUAUACCAUCGCCGCUACCCCCUGAUACCACUGUAUUAGAUUUGCGGUUCAACACAAUACGAGACAUUCCAUCCGGGUCAUUUAUAGGACUGAAUAGCUUAAGCACAUUACUUUUAAAUAACAACGCCAUUCAAAGAUUAUUGGACGGUGCAUUUGAUGGACUUCCAGAACUGAAAUAUCUAUAUUUAUAUAAAAAUCAAAUAACUUCUGUUGAAAGUAAAGCGUUUAGACAUUUGAGGAAACUUGAGCAGGUAUUUAUGCAUAACAACAACAUAUCAAGCCUGCCCGAAGGUUUAUUUGACAACACACCAAAGUUACAACGACUACGCCUUGAUGAGAACCCUGUCCGUUGUGACUGUGAUUUACUUUGGGUUUCCCGGUUAGUACAGAGGAGAAGACCCCGUGUUCAGAUCACUGGAACAUGUCAUUCCCCACAACGGCUGCUUAAUAGACCUAUAGGGACACUUAACGAACGUCAAUUCAACUGUGGCCGAUACGUAGCCCCUGUGUUGACAAGGCAACCAGUGGACCAUGAAGCGGUGGAGGGCAGCACAUCUAUGUUUCGUUGUACCGGAACUGGAACGCCGACACCUGUUAUCAGCUGGUUCAAAGACGAUGAACUAUUGGCGCUAGAUGACCGAGUACAGGUGUACGAAUUGGGGGCUCUGCUGAGGUUCUCCAGGGUUGUCUAUGCGGAUCAGGGAGUCUACACAUGUAAACUGACCAACACGGCCGGAACGACCGAGGCCGGUGCAGAGCUGAGAAUCACACAACCAACUCAGACUCAGGAGUUCCCCGCCAACGUCGAGGUGGAAACCUUUGUGGGUACCAACAGUCUAUUGGAGUGUGCCACAGACGAUUUCAUCCCACAAUACCGGUGGAUCAAAGACCAAGAAUUGCUACAGUCUGGCCCAAAGUACUCCUUCCAAGGCAACCGUCUCGUCAUCCGAAACAUUGUCCCUGCCGACGCCGGCAAGUAUGAAUGUUUUGCCGAAGGCACCGUCGGGUUCAAUCGGAAGGCUGUCUUACUCAAGGUCAAAGGUGAUGACCGAACAUUCGACGGAGACGUUUUUGUGCGCCAGGCCAUUAGAGAAGCGACCAACCGGGUGAACGUUGCCAUCAACGACACACAGCGCCACCUGUUUGACCGCUCGAGACAGCACACUGUGCAGGACCUCAUUGCUAUUUUCCGAUACCCUGCAGCUGAGGCUCUGGAACUAGCAAGAGCAGAAGAGAUAUUCGAACAGACGCUAGACAUAAUUGUCCGACACGUCCGAGAAGGACACAAUUAUGACCUAGAUACAACAGGUGAUUCCUACCGUGACAUCAUUUCCCCCGGUCAUCUUACCCUGAUCGCAAACAUGUCGGGAUGCUUUGCAAAUCCGCGUAUCACAAAAUGUAGUAACAUGUGUUACCACAAGAAAUACCGUACUAUGGACGGGACUUGCAACAAUCUUCAGGAGCCACUUAAUGGAGCCACCGUCACCGCUUUCAGCCGGCUCCUCCCGCCCAUCUACGAGAACGGAUUUAACACUCCUGUCGGCUGGAGUACUUCAAAGCAGUAUAAUGGCGUUCACCUUCCUAGUCCGCGUCUCGUGUCUUCCUUCCUCAUGUCCACAGACCACGUGACGGAGGACGAGACAAGCACUCACAUGCUGAUGCAGUGGGGACAGUUUGCAGACCACGACAUCACGCUCACACCACAGUCGAUCAGUUACGCCCGCUUCAGCGACGGCCGGCGCUGUAACGAGACAUGUGACAACGAGUAUCCGUGUUUCCCCAUCCCGGUCCCCCGCAGUGAUUCACGUAUCCAAUCACAUCCAUGCCUAGGAUUCGCACGGAGCAGUGCCAUGUGUAAUUCUGGUAGCACCUCUAUAUUCUACAAGACGUUCUCCGCUCGUCAACAAAUCAACGCAAUCACUGCAUUCAUAGACGCAAGUAAUGUGUAUGGUAGUAGCGAAUUUGACAUACAGAGGCUGCGAGAGCUAACCAACAGCCGGGGACUUCUACGGGAGGGACCUGUAUCUACUAAUAGGAAGCGACUCUUACCGUUCGACAACUCCGGGUUCCUUGAUCAUGCUGACUGUCAGAUUGAACCAAGUAAGCAGCACGUGCCUUGCUUCCGUGCUGGAGAUCAUCGUGUAAACGAACAUCUGGCUCUAACGGCAAUGCACACGCUUUGGAUGCGCCAGCAUAACCAUGUUGCAAAUGGACUCGGUAAAAUCAAUGUCCAUUGGGACGGGAACAUGAUAUUUCACGAAGCCAGAAAAAUCAUUGGUAGCAUGAUGCAGCAUAUCACGUACAACCAUUGGCUACCUAACAUCAUCGGGCCGCGCGGCAUGGAUAUGCUCGGCCCCUACAAAGGGUAUGACCCGAAAGUAGACCCUACCAUCACCAAUGAAUUCGCCACGGCUGCCAUGAGAUUUGGCCACGCCCUUGUUCAACCUGUCAUCUUCAGAUUAAAUGCCAGUUUUUAUCCCAUUUCGGAGGGAAACCUCCAAUUACACAAGGCCUUCUUCUCACCUUACAGACUGCUGGAGGAAGGCGGUAUCGACCCGUUACUAAGAGGCAUGUUCGCUGUAUCGGCUAAGAAGAGGAUGCCAAGUGAGAUGAUGAACUCAGAACUUACAGAGAAAUUGUUUUCUUUAGCCAAUGUUGUGGCACAAGACUUGGCCUCACUGAACAUCCAGCGAGGACGAGACCACGGUUUACCUUUCUACAACGCCUAUCGUGAGCUGUGUGGCAUGUCCAGGGCCGCCAGUUUUGCAGAUUUCCAGUCCGAAAUAACCAGCAGCGAUAUCCGUGACAAGUUGCAAGCCCUGUAUGGACAUCCAGAUAAUAUCGAUUUGUUUGUGGGAGGAAUGAGUGAGACGCCCCUGCCAGGGGCAAAGGUUGGACCAACGUUCAUGUGUAUCCUUGUGGACCAGUUCAAGAGGAUCCGUGAAGGUGACAGAUUCUGGUACGAAAACCCCAAUAUGUAUGAUCCUGAGCAGAUACACGCUAUCAAGCAGACGACAUUGGCCAGGGUCAUCUGUGACAGUAGUGAUAGCAUUGAUAGGGUACAACAGGACGUGUUCGCCAGAGUUGACAACUACACUCAGUAUCUACCCUGUAACAAAAUUCCAUCCAUCAAUCUCAAGGUCUGGUCAGAGUGCUGUGCAGAUUGUAACGAUGCAGGAGAUUUUCAGACAUUGACAAGUAAGUUUCAGCGGGCUGCCACGCCCCGCCAGUCCCAUCGUGAGGACAGGGAACAUGUCCUGGACAGGGAAAAUCAGGGAGGAGGUUAUCAAAACACCAUGGCUAGUCUCCAGAAUAUGAAGGAAGGCAUGUCAGUGAUGGAAUCUCGUAUGGAGGGUAUGGAAGGGACCAUCAAUAGCCUCACCAAAACUCUCAAGUACCUCAGGAGGAAGAUGAAGAAAAUGCACAGACAUAUGAAGAAACAUCCAAUGUCUGGUUGUUUAGACGAAGAACGCGUUUUCCGUUCGGAAAAUCAACGAUGGAGAAUACAUGAUUGUAAAGAUUGUAUAUGUAAGGGUGGUCGUAUAGAAUGCGAAACUCAAAUGUGCCCUUUACCCACUUGUGACUCUCCGAGGAAGAUUUCAAGCCAGUGUUGUCCUGUGUGUUAAUUUACAUAGUCACAACGCAACCCAGUGAUCAGGACUACAUACUUUCACAUCACAGUCAGUUGCCAUGGCUACCUACUACCAGUGUUCAUGAUUGCAUACAGCACAGCAAGUAGUCAAACAUUGACAAACUAAUACUACUGUCGAUUUUUAUCAAAUUUUCAAAUGUGGAUUGAACAGCAUGGUGUAGUUGGCCUGUCCUUAAGAACGCAGUGGGACUGGCGAUUAUUGUCCACGAAGCUUGCUAGCGUUUCUUGUUUGAUGUGCAUUUAGCCAAAGAAUAUCUGCAUUAUAGGUAUCGUAAAAUGAUCGCCAAUCCAAACAUGUUAUGAUCAUAACGGUAACUAUAUAAUUAUUUACUAAAACAUUGUUGUAGUUCAUUCUACAGUGACCUCCGUUAAAUGGACAAGCAUGUAGAUGACAGUUAAUCCAAUACAAAACUGUGAUGCAGCUCUCGUUUUGUAAGGCGCUACCGUGGUUAUUUGAUGAUGUGAUAAUUGACAUGAUCAACUGCUCACAACGUUUGCGGGGAAAUAAAAUCCCGAAAAAUUGAUGAAUCCUUUAAGGAGAAUGCAUUUAUUUGAUCUAGCAUACAUGAAUAUAACCAGGAAUGUAUGCAAAUGGUCCAGCUUCACUCGUAAAUGAAAUUUUAGUUAUUGAUGAAUACAAAUAUUAUCGAAAAUAAACUAAGUUUGAAGAAAUUUGUUCACUACAGACGGGUCGACAACUCUGUAUCUGGUUUCCUUUCAUUUGCUUGUGUAACAGAAAUAUUUUUGUUACGUCAGACACAAAUCAAAAUAUCAUUUUUCUUUGUAAGAAGUUGGCAAGGGUAACAGAAAGCUUAACUCAAAGUCACGGGUACUGUCGCUUGCGUAGUUUAUUAUCCUGUAUCACUAACACUUCGUUAGUCACAUAGUCCUCUGCUCCAGAGAAGCUCUUUAAAUAUGAUGAAUUCUAAAUUCAUUAGAAAAGGGAUACACUAAGCCUAUUGCUAAAAAUGUGUUAAUUAAAAUCUGUCCAAGAAUAGAUGGGCUUAUAGUUGUGUGAUUAUCACCGGUGAUUUAAUUAUAUUGCAGUAACGAACUCCUUGAGUGUGCUUUAGAUUUUGCGAAUAUGCUGUAGAUAACGAGUAUUGUGUUCCCCUUGCCUUUGCGAUUAACAGAUUUUAAUAUAUUUUGCAAUCAAGUCCAGAACUGUUUAUCUUAUCAGUUAGCACGAUUUGUGCUGAUUGAAGUAUGGUACAAAUCUUAUUUCAUCAUGGUUUCGCUUGAUGACAGAAUGUAAGUUGAUUCUCUGUACUCUACAAAAUAUGCAAUAUAUUUCUGUAAAUAAUGCUGGUGUCAAUGUCUUGAAAUAUAAGUGGUAAUAUUGAUGUGAUACUAUGGUCAUGUCACCAAAACAUUGCAGUGUAGCAUGAGUGUUUAUCACCUCUUCAGCUGAUGUAUCAAUGUGGGAAUCUGUAAACGUCUGACCGUCAGAAGGACACUCAGAUAGAAAUCCUUUUCUCUGGGGACCUAAUGAAAUUCUUGUUCACUAACCCUGGUAUUGAGUACCAUUAAAAUCCCGUUGUAGGGCAAGAGGUUAUAAAUAUAACACGUUUAUGAGAUAUUAAACCAUGAGGUGUGUGCAAACUUCUAGUGAGUCAUGAAAGGGAAAAUCAAUCUGACUGUGCCGUCAUGUAUGAAUAACAAAUUACUGUAAAAAAAUUACUUUGCCUAUACAACUAAAUGCCAGUAUUUUUACUCAAUGCCAGUAUAUUUGUGAAAUUUAAGGAAACCUCUUUUAUGGUUUAAAAGACGAAAGGCGAAAAAGUUUGUUGUUUUGUAGUUAGACCAAUUGCAAUAUACCCUCGGAUAUUUUAAAAUAAGUAAUGCAUCGUCAAAAAUAUUCAUGGGUAUAUUACAUUAACUGCAUCGCUAACAUCUCCUUUCUUGCAUUUGGAAAAGAGUUAUUUUCAUGUGUCUGAUCUAAAAUGUAAAAGUUCAACGUUUUUCAUAAGAUAUAUAUAAUAUAGCCUACCUAAUGUUUGUAGCAGUAGCCUAAACAACAAUGGAUGUAAACACAUUCAAAUAAAACUAUCACUCUUAGGUAGACGCUGAAUCUGAUUUUUCACAUGUUGGUCCACUGGAGGACUAAUGACCUGCCCGUCUUGUUCAAUCAACCACAGAAUUUUUAAAAGAUGUGUAAGAAAUUGGUGUGAUUUGAAAAAUCUCCAUUAUCAAGUCUUCUCGUAUUAUUUAGGGAAUACCUUUGAAAAAAUAAUUCAUUUGGUAUACGAGGACCGAAAGUUAGGAUAUAUUUCAAUAAUUUAACUCUAGAGCUAGACAUUAUAAUGUUGAUAUUAUAUAUGUGACUGGUUCAACAACAUGUGGCUAUGUGUAUUUUCACGUGUUUUUAAUUUUCAUAUUUCCAUGAUGUCUUCCAUUUGUCAUCCGUAAUUUGAUGCAGUUUGUAUUUUCAUAUUUAUAUAAAAAGUGUAUUUUUAUACUUCGCAAUUCGUACUUUUUUAUCAAAAUGAGCAUGUUUCUAUCACUUAUGUAUUUAAAGUUUUUUUUAUAUAGUGCUUUGUGUGUAUAACGACUAAUGACAUGUAUUGUGUAGAAUAUUGACCACUCUGAGCGGACGUGAUACCUGUUGGAUUAAAAGGGUAUUUUGAUUUGAACAUAUUUACUCCAUUCCUUGAUAUCCAGUUUUGUAUACAAAUCCAUGCUUACUGCUCAAGCAUUGCGCACUCACAGCUCAUUGAACCUGAACAUACCUCAAACUGAAAUGUUACAGCCUGAUCGGUGGAGGAUUAUACCUCAUGAUAGAAUGUUAAAAUGUAAUAGGUCAAUGAUAUUACUUGAUACUAAAUUUCUGCAAUCUAAUUAGAUGAGAUAAUGCGUACGCUCGAAUCUGGAGAUCUGAUUGGUUCGGUUAUAUUUCAUAUUACAUUGCUGCAUACUGGUUGGUAUGAAAAACUGCUUUAACAGUCCAAUGUACAUCCAUAGCAAUAUUGCGUCAUCAGUGUUAACCUUGCUAAACGCAAUAACAAUUUACACAAUAUGCUACUUUCUGAACUGGAACUGUUUUUAGUUUCUCACGAAAUGUAUAACCAUUUCAAUGCUCCAAAAAGCACUGGUAUCCAAGACAAGCACAACUCUAACAAAAUAACAGAAACCCUAUGGAGAUUAAUGCUGGAAGGGAAGUAUCUGUUUUAACAAUUACCUGUAUUUAAGGGCAUAUGUUUUGUUGAUCGAGGUUGUUACGUAACAUACGUUAUGUUCUGUAUCUUUGAUAUCGACUUUUCUCCAACCCUUAGACAAGAGUAUGAUGUAAACAAUUAUGACAAGUCUGAAGGAUCGCCAUGAAAUGAAAAAGAACGUAUUAAGCAGUGCUUAAGAACGGUUAGGAAGUACGAUCUGUGUAGUCGAAUUUGAAAUUUAGAUACAUAAAAUGUUGAUUUAAGUUUUAUGAAACAGUACAUUGUCCUUAAUGUAUGAAGUACGUUCUAAGUACUUUUCAAAAUAUUGCUUUGAUUUUGGUACUUAUCAGAAACACAAGUCACCCUAAAACCACUGAAAUCUGUAUUUUUAAGAAUGAAAGAGGUACGUUCUGUUGGUUGUACUAAAUUUCGUCCAUUUUAAAUUGUAAUUUAUCAAAUAAAUAAUUGUAAACUUACCAGUAUGUUUACAUAACGCAUUUCACACCGUGUCUUCACACAAAGCUUCAUUGGUUUUUUAUUUUGUGUACCAGUAUAUUAGAACAAAAAGAAUGUUAAAGAUGUAAUGUUUUCACCUUAAAACUAUAUCCUGAUGCAUAAUAUGUAAUGAUAUUUAAGAAGCAUUAAAACAAAAUAUAUUUACAUGUAUAUCCACUUCCGAGCGAAUUUGAUUUUUAACAUUUAGUGAUAUAUAUUGAAAUAGAAUACCAAAGAAAUGUAUUAUAUAAGUUGUGAAUACAACUACCGGUAUACAAGCUGACGCUAUGUAUGUGUGUAUGUAUUAUUGUAUACGAUACAGUCAUAGAAAACAUGUUAACAUAUAAUACGGAAGUAUGUGAUACUAUUUUGAUUAAAGCCAAGAAUUUGUAUAC